ACCUGCAUUGGUACCUGGUCCUGCAGACAUGGAGGGGUCCAGUGACAAGCUCUUCUGCUGCAAAUGGCUGCGCCGCAGAGUUCCGUUGGCCCACAGAGAGGAAAUGUACCACAUCCUGAGGAUGACAGGCCCUCUGCUGCUCUCUCGAAUCCUCAAUUACCUGCUCCCCUUUGUGGUCACCAUGUUCUGCGGGCGUCUGGGAAACGAAGUGAUGGCUGGCUAUGGAUUAGCGUCUGCUACCCUUAACAUCACCACUGCGGCGACGGGAUGUGGUCUGGGACUAGCAUGCGAUACUUUGGUGUCUCAGACGUUCGGUGGGAAGAACCUGCUGCGGGUGGGAGUGAUCCUUCAACGGGGCACCAUCAUCCUGCUGUUGUUCUGUCUGCCCUGCUGGGGCCUGCUCCUCAAUGCCCAGGCCAUCCUGUUAUGCCUGGGCCAGAACCCCAAGGUGGCCAGAAUAGCCCAGCUGUACAUUACAGCCUUCUUACCUGCCGUACCAGCCAUGUUUCUCCAUCAGCUUCAGGUGUCAUAUCUGCAGAACCAGGGUAUAAUACUGCCACAAAUGUAUGCUGCUGCCGUGGCAAACAUAGCAAAUGUCGUGACAAACUACAUCUUUCUUUACUGGCUGGAUCUGGGUGUUAGCGGGUCAGCAGCAGCCAAUACUCUGUCUCAGAUUUACAUCUGCACUUUUCUGUUCGCAUACAUUUGGUGGAAGAAGCUCCACGUAAAAACAUGGGGAGGCUGGUCCAGGGAAUCACUGCAGGAGUGGGGCUCCUACAUGAAACUGGCUUUUCCCAGUACAUUAAUGACGUGUUUUGAGUGGUGGGUUUAUGAGUUUGGGGGAUUCUUUGCAGGAAUGCUGAGUGAAGACGAGCUGGCCGCCCAACAUGUUGUGAUAAUGGUGGCUUUCAUAACCUACAUGUUCCCUCUUGGUAUUCAAGCUGCAGCAUGCGCCCGUGUGGGUAACGCUCUCGGUGCAGGAGACACAGACAGGGCCAUCCUCACCUGCAAGAUGUCCUUUGCUCUGGCAGGUAUCUUUGCAGUUGUUGAAGGUCUUCUGCUUGGCUCCACUAAAACAGUGAUUGGCUACCUCUUCACCUCUGACGAGAAGAUUAUUGGUCUCGUCUCCCAUUUAAUGAACGCUUACUGUUUCCUACAAUUCUUUGAUGGUCUUGUGUGUGUGUGCACGGGCAUCUUCUUGGGAACGGGGAAACAGAAGAUACCAGCCGUGGCCAAUUUUAUUGGAUACUACUGCAUAGGACUUACGAUGAGCGUAGUUUUAACGUUUGUUGCCAAACUGAGAAUUUUGGGUUUUUGGCUGGGUUUGCUGAUUUGUGUUGUCUUGCAGUCCACCUUCUACAUCACUGUCAUCUUCAAGCUUGACUGGAUGAAAAUGACUGAAGAGGCUGUAAAACGGGCUCAGAAAAAGACACACGUGACAUUAUUAAGCCCAGCUGACCUGUCAGAUGACCGGACAGCAAGGAAGGGGAACUCAGGGGAAGGCGACUUAUUCGGGGGCACGGAGGGACGCAACGGGGACCCAGACGCCCGGUGUGGUCAGGUGGUCCCGCUGAAGGGCGGCCGUCUCUCUACUACACAGCUCAUCCUCCGGAGGGGCCUCACCGCGUUGGCAGCAGUGGGGCUUCUGGCGGUGGGAGCCACUGUGCACUUCCUCGUGCCCCUGCCUGAGACCGAGGCUUCAGAGGCCAACUUUACUUUGGACUGGAUCAACACGACAUACACUCCUCAUCCAAUUCUUUCCACUGAACUGAUCCUUGAUCAUUAAGUUGUCGGUGUUCAAUGUACCUGAAGCCCAUGAUCCUGUUUCAAAUUACGUUCUUUAUUUGAUCAUUGAUGAUUCCAUUUUUUAAGCGAGUCAUUUCAUUUCAAAACUGAGAUGCAGUUUUACUACAUUUGAGUUCAACCCUCAUCUGAUGGUAAAAUCAAUCAAGAUAUGUGUAGAUGUUCUAUUUUGUUGAAUAAGAACUUAAACAGUGCGUCUUUUCUUAUCUAGCAUGUCGAUGUUGACAUUGACACGUUCGAUGCUUGUAUGCUACUUACGGUGGCUGUAAAUAACUGUGUGCAAUGUAGACAGGGUAGACUUUAGCAGCCCUCUGGAUCAAGUGUGGAAGAAAAGUGUUCCUCACACACUACACGACGUGUAUUAUUUUUACACACCACACAAAAUACACACUCACUUUACUACAUUGAUAAUCAUACACGUUAAGUUUAAUGCAGAUUAUUAGUCACGCCACAAACACAUACAUGCUAAUCAAACAAAUGAUAGAAACGUUUCCUUCCUGUCAGUCCCUCCCUUCAGCCACCUUCCAGUAUCUUUACAAGGAUUCAUUCUCUUGUUGUCCACCAGGUGCCCUCUGACUUUUUCUCCUGUUCCAAACAUAUGACCUGCCCAGCACAUCCACUCCUCUCAUGCUUCAACUUUUCCUCCAGUUCUACACUUAAAUCAAGCCUGUUUCAUUCACGCUUGUUUGCCUUUGUUACUGGAUACAUUUCUGAUUCCUCUCCAUGUAAUUGCCAAACCGACUUUGUUGCUUCAACAAUAAAUAAAUUAACACUUGUC